AUUCCACCUCAGGUUCAAGGAUAGCCCGCCAACCAUGUCUAACACCUCAGUUUCCGCCCCUCGUCCCCUUGUGUGGCUUAUCACAGGCUGCACUUCUGGGUUCGGCCAGUUGUUUGUCUCUGCGAUUCUUGCACGGGGAGAUAAGGUCAUAGCCACAGCACGAAAUACAUCUUCCCUCGAGGAGUACGCGAAUAGCCAGAACAUACGACUCCUCCAGCUCGACGUGACAGAUCCCCAGGAUGCUUUAGACAGCAAAGCAGCCGCAGCUACGGAGUAUUUCGGUAAAAUUGACGUUCUCGUUAACAAUGCAGGAUACGUCUUAUCAGGAGUCUGGGAAGAGGUCAGCCACGAGGAACUGCUUCACCAGUUUCGCACCAACUUCUUCGGGCACAUCAAUGUUACCCGGGCAUUCCUGCCUCAUAUGCGUUUGCGGCAGUCGGGAACAAUUGUAUUUAUGAGUAGCAUCGCAGGCUGGCUGGGCGUUGCGGCAGGGGGCCCUUAUUCUGCUUCAAAGUUUGCACUGGAAGGAGCGGUAGAAAGCCUUGAAAAGGAGAUUCUGCCUUUUGGAAUAAACGUCCACCUCAUAGAGCUCGGCCAGUUCCGUACGAAUAUCCUGGAUGGUGGUCGUCGGAGGAUUGCGCGUCAAAGCCCCGCCAUAGAUGAUUACAAUCCUGCAGUAAAGGUACUUGCAGAUAGACAUGCUGAGACAAAUGGUAAACAACCUGGUGAUCCCACCCAGGCUGUCGAGCGGAUACUGGAUGUUGUGAGAGGUGAAGGGUCGAUGGCGGGCGUUGAGAGCAUUCCCCUUCGAGUCGUUUUGGGAUCAGAUGCUCAGAGCAUUAUUCGCAAUAAGUGUUUGGAAAUGCUGGGACAACUAGAUAGAUUUUCUGAAUUCUCGCGCAGCACAGACUUCCCAGACGCAGCGGAGGUCAAAGACUACAAGUAAAACAAGGCUCGUGGACAUAAUCAAUGAAUUUAUCUACAUUUUCUGUAUUUUCUAGCUGCACACUAUUUGAACAGUAUACCCAGACGCCCGGCCGUCUUUCCUGUGGACAUCAAAUCGAUCAUAGUGUGGAUAUCAUCCAGGCUGUCAAACGUAGUCAAAUGGGACUUUAUACCAUGUUUGUGGCUGAAUUCAAUGGGCUCCCUCAUACGCUGGGGGAUGCCACUGCUCACCCCCUGGAUCCGGUACUUCCCCAAUAGGAUAUCGAGGGCAUUGAUAGAGAGAUUGGACUUCGGGAUCCCGACCACCAUCAUGAGCCCAUUUAUCCUAAAUACCCUGUUAGCACCUUGCCGACAGG